AUGGAUGAGGUUCAUGUGCUGCUAGUGGAUCAUGAUUCUGAUUUUCUGAUUUCUACAGCAGAAAUGUUAGAGCUAUGCUCAUAUAAAGUUACAUAUGUUGAACUUGCUUCGACUGCUUUAUCAAUGCUUUCAAGUGGAAAAUCAAAUUUCAAUCUUGUGAUGGCAAAUAUAAACUCACCCGACAUGCAUGGAUAUAAGCUUCUACAACAAGCAGUCAACAUGGACAUACCAGUGAUUCUGAUGUCUGUUGAAGACAAUGCAUUCCUUGCAAUGGAAGCUCUAGAAAUUGGAGCUCUCCUCUGUAUCGAGAAACCAGUUACAUUGGACAUGUUAAAGUGCCUUUGGCAGCAUGUGGCGAGAGAGAAAGUGGGAAUUUAUAAAGAAAAAGAAAGGCGAAUGGGAACGAUUGAAGAAAACAAUAACAUGAGAGGGAUUGAAUUUAGAGGAGAAAUUGAGGACGAACACAACAUCAUUGGAAGUGACAACAUGAAGGACAAAAUUCUUGAAGGAAAGAAGAAAAUAUCAGAACCAGAAUAUCAAAUAAUCAACAAUAAGGUUAAGAGAAAAUCAGUACAUACUGAGUGGACUCAAGAACUUCAUGGAAAAUUUAUGGACGCUGUGGGGCAGCUUGGUGAAGGAAUGUGUUUCCCUAAAGAGAUCUUGAAGCUGAUGAAAGUGCCUGGCCUAACAAGAGUGCAAGUAGCAAGCCAUCUUCAGAAAUGCAGGAAAAACAAUUGGCAACCUCCUGAAGGGCAAAAAUAUCAACAAAACAAUGUUCCUGCGGCUUCUUUAGACACAGAUCCUUCAGGCCAAAACAAGCCCAGAAGAUUCGGUUCAAUGCCUCGUCUAAUGAAAAACAGUUUUAUACUUCACCAGGAGAAAGCCAGUGAAGUGUCAAAAAGCCAUUUUGAAAAGGAAAUUUCCAAUUAUGUUGGACAUGAAACUACAACUAUGUAUUCUAGUAUGCACCAAGGAUCUGUCAUGAGCAUGAAUCCAAUAACUUCUCCAGAAGCCUUUCAUGAUUCCAAUCAAGUUUACCCUGAUCAACAGAAUUCAGCUAUGCCAAACGUGGACUGCAGGAGCAAGUGGAGUUUAGAGGCAUCAAACUUCGAAAGCGAUUCAUCAGAAACUGGAGUCCAAGAAAACAAAAUCAUUUUGAGGCCAAGAUUAUAG